CCUAGCAGUACAAUUUCACUCUCAUUUUCACUCUCACUCUCACUCUCAGCCAUUGAUGGAGUCCUUUAAGGUCAAGAUGAACCCUUCCACCAUCAACUUCUUCCCUCGGGUUUAUCCUACUCAAGGUGUGGUUUCAUCUUCCUCUCAAUCUCAACCUCAACCUCAACCUCCCACCAUUUCACCUCAAGUUAUGGCUACGCCUCAACAUGUAUCAUCAUCUUCUGCUCCUGCUGCUGGUUUGCCAGAACUAUUGUUGUACAAAAAUCAUUUGCAGGAGUUUGCUCAAAGGGCAAACAUAGCACUUCCCAUGUAUAUGACUGCUAACGAGGGAUCUAGCCAUGCCCCAAAGUUUAGGUCAACGGUAUGCGUAGAUGGAGUGAGUUACACUUCUGAGAACACUUUCUCUCAACGAAAAGCUGCGGAGCAAGACGCCGCCAGAAUUGCUUUGGAGAAGCAUUCUGCAAAAUUUAGAGAUGAAGGGUGCCCUCUUGUUUCUGAGAAUGCUAUGUUUUCUAAGAUUAUCUUGAAUGAGUAUGCUACUAAGCUGCAUGUAGAAAGACCAACUUACGACACUAUUCAGCUAGAAGGGUUGCUUCCUCGCUUUGUAUCAUCUUUAGUUUUCAAUGGUACAAAGUACACUGGAGAUGCUGCUAGAACCAAAAAAGAGGCCGAGCAAUUAGCAGCAUGUGCUGCUAUUCUUUCAAUUCUAGGCGAUUCUGGCUCUGGAACUCUUUACGAGAUAAUAAAGUCGAAAUCUAGAAUUUAUGCUGCUGUCAAACCAAACAAAUCCCAAUAUAUUGAUGUUAGUACUGGAUCAGCCAUAGCAAAUACAGGACAUACCUCUGUUUCACUGGAUCAAAAAGAUAAGGAAGUUGCAGGUCCUGUGGUUGCUAAUAAUAAUGUAGCAAAAACUGAACUUCCUGUGCCUUCGAAUAAUAAUGAAGCUAAAAUUGAACUUCCUGUGCCUUCUGAUAUGCUUUCCUUACGUCAAAGAUUUCAAAUGCCUAAAUAUGUACCAUUCCUUGAAGCCCCCAAGUUUCCAAUUGUGCCUGUCCAACCAGAUUCAGAACAGCCCGUGGAUGAUAGUUCAAGGAUCUCAAGGAGUCCAAUUGUUCCUCUCCAACCAUCUGAUAUGUUUUCCUUGUGUCAAGGAUUUCAAAUGCCUAAACAUGUACCAUUCCUUGAAACCCCCAAGCUACAAAAUCCGCCUCUCCAACCAGUUUCUGAACAGCCUGUGGAUGAUAGUUCAAGGAUUCCAAUUGUUCAUCUCCAACCUUCUGAUAUACUUUCCUUAUGGCAAAGAUUUCAAAUGCCUAAACAUGUACCAUCCCUUGAAGCCCCCAAGCUUCCAGUUGCUGCUCUCCAACCAGUUUCAGAACAGCCAGUGGAUGAUAGUUCAAGUUCAAAAAAGCGAAGAAAGAAGGCUAAACAGGUACGAUCCGUUGAAACCACCGAGUUUCAAACUGUUACUCUCCGACCAUGUCAAGAAUUUCAGAGGCCUAAACAUGCACCAUCCCUCAAAGCCACUGAGCAUCCAACUGUGCCUCUCCCACCAGGUUCAGAACAGCCUAUUGAUGAUCAUUCAAGCUCAAAAAAGCGACGAAAGAGCAAGAAGAAGAAGGCACGAGUGGAAUCUCCUUAGAUUUCUUAACAUAUAUCAUCUCUGUUGUUUACCAUCUAACUGUCUUUUUCUGCAUUUGCUGUAUUUUUCUUUCAGCCUUUUCUUAAUACUUUUCUGUGUCUCUAACUUUAGAUGUAUUACUUUAAACAGUAAUUUUAUUUAGCUUCUAAUAUAUU